GGUUGUUGCUUACCAAGAUGAAAUACAAAGUACCGGAGAUAAGCAGAAAUGGCUACGGUAUAUUAGAUUUCAGCAGCGAUGAAGAGGAUAUUGACAAUCCCGUGCGCUUAAAAUCUAUUCUAAAGUCGUCAUCUCGUCCCACUACAAAAACGUCAGCGAGCGAGAAGAGAUAUAUUGACGGCGAUUAUGGUAAAUUAGAUGAAUUGGAGUAUUUUCAGGAUAAUUUUAGAGAUAGCGUUGAUUACAAUGUUCUUAAUAGCUCAUUCACGCGUUCAACUUCAGUGCAACUUGAUAGCGUAGACGAUGAGCUGGAAGCUAUACAAAAGACUAUAUCCAAUAUGCAGCUACAAUCUAAAGCUGAAACGGAGAAGUUAGCCCAGGAUUUUGAGAAACGUAAUAAAAGUCUAUGGAAUGAUAUUGAGUUAUCUAUUAGUAACGCUCAGAAGGAGGCAGACAGAGAGUACCAAGAACAGCAACGUGCUGAAGAGAUUAGAAUACGUAUUGAGCAGGAGAAAGACGAGAAACGUAAACAAGAAGUGAAGAAACAAGAAGAAGAGUUGAAACAACAAAAGCAACAGCGCUCUAGGCAGCUCGAACUGGAGAAAGCAGAAGCAGAUAAGCAGAAGUUUGGCUUAAUAUCAGCCAAGAAUGACUAUGAUCAUUGGUAUAACUUGAUCUUAAACAUAAAGCGUAGUGUAUUACCACAAGUGGCUGAAAAUCCUGCUAUUAAAAAAGCAUGUUCUGCAUCUAAACGUAAAAUUACACCCAAGAUUGGUCAAUUAACCAAUUCAAUAAGUCAAACAUCUAGAAUUACGAAUGAAGUCAAUGAUGUCCUCAACGAACCUAAGCGUUUACAUGGCGAACAAUCUCCCGCCUACCUAUGGCUUCUCAAUCAUCUUUCAAAAUGUCUUAUCCGGCAAGCAGAAGCUGAAGUGUCCGCGAAAAUAACGACGGCUUUCCCAUUAGCUCGACUUGUUGUAUCAUUAGUCGUAGGAGAUCAUCCACAACUAGCUGACGUGCUUAUGGGAAGACUUGUGAAGAAAGCAUGUUGGAUUGUACCUUUCUAUCCACGGAAAUCAGAAGGUGAAACUGAUGAAGCGUAUAAUAAGAGAGUAGGGCGCAAGAACUCGGAAGAGACAACAGUACAAUAUAACGACAGAAUGGGAGGUAUAGCUGCGUUCUAUUUCGCAAUCCUACAAACCCGCUUAACGGCCAACAAUCUCGUACUUACUACGCCAGCUCAAGAUGCUGAUCUCAUUAAUCGUCUACCAGUUCACUUCCGGUUUAGUCAGAGUUGGACAUGGCUUUCACACGCUCUCAGGCCGCCUCUACCUACGCUCAGUACGAUUCCACAACUUCUAGCGACAUUCUUCGAAAUACUCGGCGAACCGUAUAAGCAAGCUUAUGGAAAGCAAGCGGUUAAGGUCCUUCAAUUGAUAAAGAGUAAAAUUGGAGAUGAGAGCAGCUGGGCGAAGAACAGUGAAGCUAAUAUUACACGUAUAAAACUUCUCUUGGAUAAAUGGCAAACUGGUCAGUCGCUCAGUAGUACGGAUGGUAGACUAUGGGAGAACUAGAUUAC